UCGCCGGCUAGUUCCGGACAACGCCUGGUGUGUGUGGUAACAACGGUGGCAGCGGCGAGAGACACAGAGAGAGAGAGAGACAUAGAGAGAGAGAGAGGAGGACGCUUCUUUUCCGGCACGUACUUCCGGCAGGAGCGGCGCGGGGAGAACCUGCUCGGGAGUCCUAGAGGCUUCGCGGGUCAGGUAAAAGCGAGAAGUGAGAGCUACAUAUUUUAAAUAUUAUAAACAUUUAACUACAAUAAGGAGAAAAAAUAUAGCUGUAAUUGAAUGAGGAAUCUGUUGCUUCAGUAGCCUUUUUCUUCAAGAGUGGGUCUUUGAAUGAGGAUGACAAUGGAAGAGAUGAGGAAUGAAGCAGAGACCACUUCUAUGGUUUCCAUGCCUCUUUAUGCCGUUAUGUAUCCUGUCUUUAAUGAGCUAGAACGAGUAAAUCUAUCAGCAGCUCAAACAUUGAGAGCAGCUUUUAUUAAGGCAGAAAGGGAAAACCCAGGUCUCACACAAGAUAUUAUCAUAAAAAUUUUGGAGAAGAAAAGCAUUGAAGUUAAUUUUACCGAAUCUCUUUUGCGCAUGGCAGCGGAUGAUGUAGAAGAAUACAUGAUUGAAAGGCCAGAGCCCGAAUUCCAAGACCUCAAUGAAAAGGCACGAGCACUUAAACAGAUUCUCAGCAAGAUUCCAGAUGAGAUCAAUGACAGAGUGAGGUUUCUUCAGACAAUCAAGGACAUUGCCAGUGCAAUAAAGGAACUUCUCGAUACAGUAAAUAAUGUCUUCAAGAAAUACCAAUAUCAGAACCGGAGGGCACUUGAACACCAAAAGAAAGAAUUUGUAAAAUACUCCAAAAGUUUCAGUGACACUUUGAAAACUUAUUUUAAAGAUGGAAAGCAUUUCUACCUCUUCACUCAAAUCUUUAAUGAAAAUAUUAAGGGCCACGUUUGAUCUUUAUGACACACCACUUGAUAUCACAGUCCAAUUUGUUGCAACAACAUGGAUGAGCAUUUCUUGAUUAUCAUUUUCUAGAUCUAGGUAUAUAUCUACUUAAUUAUUAUACUGUCUAACCCAUACUCAGGUAACAUAUCAUGGGGUACUCUUAUUAAGUGCUUUGGUCAUGUUAUGUUUAUAACAAUCUAUUAAGGAAUUUACCUAAUUAACCAACAAGAAAUGUUUCAUUAUUGAGAAAUAAGUGCUAGUUUCUAACAAUGAUUGAUUUCUUUUUCAAGUAUACCUACUUCUUUAUGAUUUGUUUUAGGAUUUCUACUGGUAUUGACAUCAGAAUAAUUUUUCUAUAUCUUGCUGGAUUUUCCUCCCCCCUCCCCUUUUGAAAGUAGUGAGUAGUUAGGGAUCAAAGGGUGCUUUAUUUUUCUGUAGGAUUUCUGAAAUAUCAUACUUGAAUUCAAAAAGACAGUCAUGUAGGUCCCUAAAUAAAACAGGAUGUAAUUAAUUUCUUCCUAGAGAUUUAUUUGGAAACAACUAAACAUAAGUGGAUUUGAGUAGGGCUGCUACUCAAAGUACUUUGUUACUUAACAGCAUUUUACCUUCACUGGGCAGCUCUAUUGGUUCAUUUUCCUUUUAUUUUGAGCAUAUUUAAAGAAGCUAUUUUUGGUGUUAUUUUUAGUACCUUUUACCUUAAUCUCAGUUAAUUCUGAGCUUUUGAUUUCCUGUAUGUAGUUUAUAGCUGUGCCCAUUGUGUAGUUCUGAAUCAGUUGUACUUUUCCUUCUUUUAUGAUGUGGAUCUCUUUCCAGGUAGAUUUUUAAAUGAAUACCUUAAUCUGGCUUUUUCCUUGUGUUAAUUUCAUUCUAAUAGCAUUAUAACCAUUCAGAGUUCUGCCUUUAGGCCAUCAGACCUUAUUUCUAUGUUCUUUAUCAACUUUUAAUCUCUGUCAUUAGUUUUUCCAGUGUAGGUAAUCUUAUUCAAAAUGUGUUUUGAAAAACCCUUUGGGAUCUAACUUAUUUGAAUUUGUAUAAAUGUUAUAAUUGUCUAUAAUGCUUCUUUUGAUUGAAAAGGUAAUAUAAACAGCAAGCUGAUGCCUCAGAUGUCUUCUUUCCAGCCCCUUCAAAAUCUUGCUACAAUUGUUACUGAUUUGUUACAAUUAUCAAACUCUGUCCUAACAUUAUAAACCUUAAUGUAACAGAAGAGGCAAAUGAUUAACAAGUUGUGGAGUAAUCAUCUUCACUAUAGCUGAUAAAUUUCUUUCAAGUGUUUGUUCCUCAUCAGCCCAGAAAACAUGAGCAUUUUCAGCCAAUAUUGAAUAAAUUUUACCAAUUUAUCAUUAUGCUACAAGAUUCCGGGUUCUUUUAUUUUCAUGAUCUGGAAAUAAUAUUUCCUGAUAAACAUACUGUAUUUUUUGGAGUAUAAGACACAGCUUAGUUUUUGGGG